AGGCGGCUGCUGCUGCUGAUGAUGGUGCGUCCUUCCCUAGCUAGGGAUUGCCGUGCUACAUCCAAUUGCAGUCCAUUCCAACGGCAGCCUAGCAUGAUGCAACACGGGCACAACAGGAGAGAAGAGAGUUACAGAGGGCCACCCAUUACAGUGCACGCAGGCUACCCUGAUUAUCAUACCAUACCACCUCUGCUCUGCUGAGUCUGCUCUGCUCACUCCCACACACUCUGCUCUGCAUCUGCAUCUGCAUCUGCUCUGCUCUGCUCUGCUGCAGCCUCGGCCUCUGUUCUCGUGUUCUGCUAUCACCACCAAAUUAACCAUCCUCUUGUUGUGUCUCUACUCAUUCAUUCUCCAGUCGUCGAUCGAUCCCAUUAUAAAUCUAACCUAACCGGCGGCCAAUAGCAGCAGAGAGCAGAUCACAAAGCCACAAGCCAAGGGGUAGCAAACCAUGGAUCCGCCGGGAGGGGACGACAAGUGGAAGUUGUCCAGCAAGGGCCGGAGCAGAUCCGGCAGGCCGCACGCCAUGACGGACGCCUCCUCCUCCUCUGCCGGCGGUAGCAGCAGCGUGCUCAGCCGGAGCUACUCGGCCAGCGUCGCCACCACCAGAACAGGCAGCUCCUCCUCCUCCUCCUCCUCGUCUUGUCAGCAGCAACAGCAACGGCAGCCACAGCAAGGGUCGAAGAAGAAGUGCGUGGCGGAGGCCGUCAAGGAGCACCGGGCGCGCUUCUACAUCGUCCGCCGAUGCGUCUCCAUGCUCGUCUGCUGGCGCGACUACUAGCUAGCUCUCUAGUAGUAUCCAUCCAUCUCCUUUAUUGUUAUCACUUGAUGAUGAUGAUGAUGAUCCAGUUAGUUACUUCAGUAAUUCCUCUAUCCACAUCCAUCUCUUUUUCUUUCUUUCUUUCUUCUUCUUCUUCUGCUGCUGCUGCUGCUGCUGUUGUACAUACUACUGCUAGGUAGAGAAGAGGAGGAGGAGGAGGAAUCCAUGGAUCGACCCAAGAGCAUGCACGGUAAGCAGAACCUUUUCCCUUCAUUCAUCCCUUGGGCUAGCUUUUUGAUGAAGAAAAUGGAGCUUUUUGAUCGUUUCCCUGAUAUAUGUAUAUGUAUGUGUGUAUGUAAGUUGUGAUGAUGAAAUAUUGAACUCGACUGAUGUUCAUUGCUAGUACGAGGCAAUUAUUAAUAAGGUACUACUACUCCAGUCCAGUAUAUAGCUCAGCUGGUCCUUGUUAA